CUCCGCUUUGUGUACGAUAUCGAAAUAGAGCGAUGGCGUCGCCGCCGUCUUGAUCUCUCCAAGCCUAUCCCUCUAUAAAUGUUUCAUGGCCUUGAGCCAUCUACGCUCUCUGAAUCGCUGCCUCGCACUACUUCCCAGCCCAUCCCCAACCCCAGCCCUUGCCCUAGGUUUCUCCGCCCUUCAUCGGAUCUCCGGCGAGAAGCCCCGUAGACCCUCCGCCACCACAGCUGAAACACUGGCGCACAGGAUCGGGAAGGCCAUUCGGCGCCCAGGCGCCCCCUCCAAAGCUAGGGUUUAUGCUGACGUCAACGUCACCCGUCCCAAGGAGUACUGGGAUUACGAAUCUGUCGCCGUUCAAUGGGGGGAUCAGGAAGAGUACGAAGUUGUUCGGAAGGUGGGGAGAGGGAAAUACAGCGAGGUUUUUGAGGGGGUGCACUGCACGGAUAGCCAAUCCUGCAUAAUUAAGAUACUGAAACCCGUGAAGAAGAAGAAGAUAAAGCGUGAGAUAAAGAUACUGCAAAACCUAUGUGGUGGACCAAAUAUUAUUAAGUUGCUGGACAUUGUUAGAGACCAACAAUCCAAGACACCUAGUCUCAUAUUCGAGUAUGUCAACAAUAAUGAUUUCAGAGCGCUCUAUCCAACUUUAACGGACUACGAUACACGAUACUACAUAUAUGAACUUUUGAAGGCCCUUGAACAUUGUCACUCUCAAGGCAUCAUGCACCGAGAUGUCAAGCCUCAUAAUGUCAUGAUUGAUCAUGAACAGCGGAAACUUCGUCUUAUUGAUUGGGGUUUAGCAGAGUUCUAUCAUCCUGGAAAAGAAUACAAUGUCAGAGUUGCUUCGAGGUACUUCAAGGGUCCAGAACUGCUUGUGGAUCUGCAGGACUAUGAUUAUUCGUUGGAUAUGUGGAGCCUUGGAUGUAUGUUUGCUGGGAUGAUAUUUCGGAAGGAACCGUUCUUCUAUGGACAUGAUAAUUAUGAUCAAUUGGUAAAAAUUGUAAAGGUGCUUGGAACUGAAGAAUUGAAUUCAUAUCUUAACAAAUAUCGCCUGGAGCUUGACCCGCAACUUACAGCACUUGUUGGAAGACAUGGCAGAAAACCAUGGACAAGGUUUAUUAAUGAUGACAAUCAGAAUGUUGCCGUCCCUGAGGCCGUUGACUUCCUGGACAAAUUGCUCCGCUAUGAUCACCAGGAGAGACUAACUGCUAAAGAAGCAAUGGCUCAUCCUUAUUUUAAUCCAGUGAAGAGCGCUGAAAGUAGCAGGACGAAAGCAUAAGUUGCUCAGAUCCUGUUAUUGUUGAUUGAGUGCAUUGUUGCAUGGCGUUGUCUUGGAUUCUUUGAUGGUUCAGUCUCCCUAUCCGCUUCCUAAUUGGAACAGAUGUUAGUGAGUCAUAUUCAUUAUUUGUAUCUUUGUUGAAUUUGAAGGAUAGCGGGUUAAUACUAAUAUCGGGCAACUGGGAUGGGAUAUGAUUGUGAUAUAUAGUCUUGAGUUCUAUUUUAUAAAAAAUUUAUAGUAUCUUUAGCUUGUAUUUUCUUUUCAUGCAAAUUUCAGAAAGGUGUGUGUUUGUAUGGUGACACUUCUAGGCUUUUAAUUUUCACUUUUA